CGGCAACGGCAAUCGACACGGAUUAGAUUGUCCGUGACUUGACUAAGACUACCGCCUGCUGAAACACCUGCGUCCCCACAUGCGGAGCUGAAGAGCACAAUCCUCAUCGAUCAAACCACGCCCGUGCUCUUUGAUCGUCGCCAACCAAAAUGUCCUCCAGCAAGAAAUUGUUCCUCAUCGGCCCGGGAUAUAUCGGCCUCGCCGUACUGGAGAACUUGCUUAAAAAUGGAUACAACGUCACGGCGCUCGUGCGUCGUCAAGAAGCCGCCGACGAGCUGGCCCAGAGGGGUGUCAAAACCGUCAUGGGCAAGCUAGACGACCACGAUCUCAUCUCCAAGCAGACCGAGGCCAGCGACAUCGUCCUCCACACUGCCACGGCCGAUGACAUGCCAUCUGUCAAAGCGGUGCUUGAUGGCAUCCGGCGGAGAGCCACGAGAAAUCUCAAGACCACGUAUAUCCACACUAGUGGGACAUCGUUCUUGAGCGACGACUCGAAGUCUGCGUACCGGUCCGAAAAGAUAUUCCGCGAUGACAAGCCCGAGGACCUAGACGCGCUGCCAGACUCCGCCUCUCACCGAUUGAUUGAUCUUGAGAUCAUCCGAGCGAGAGCCGAAAUCGGGCCCAUGGCGCGCAUGUUCACCAUCUUGCCUCCGCUCAUCUACGGCGUUUCGAAAACCGACGGCAAGCUUUCAAUCCAAGUCCCAACCCUGACGCGCUUCGCUAUGAAGCAUAGAUACGCAGGCCAUGUGGGGAAGGGUGAGGCGGUGUGGUCAACAGUUCAUGUGAGCGACCUGGCUCGAGCAUACCUGCUUGUGCUACAAUGGGCGCAAGCUGCACCGGACGCUGCCGCGACGGGAAACCCUUACUUCUUCUGCGAAAACGGCGAAGAGAUCUCCUGGCGCGAGAUUGCUGCGAUGACUGGAACACACCUGCACGCGGCCGGAAGGGUCGAUGAGCCACAGCCAAGAGAGAUUCCUACGCAGGAGUACGAGGAUCUGUUUGGCCCGUACUCUGUCGUAGUCGUCGGCGCCAAUUCUCGUAGCCGUGCUCGCCGCGUAAGAGGGUUAGGUUGGGAGCCGAAAGAAUUGGGGAUCAGGCAAGCCUUCGAGGCGGAGGAGGUGCCUUUGCUGCUUCAAGAGACAGGAGGUUUUGCUGGUUAUCAAAAACCCGCCGCUUCGGGCAAUCACAGCUAGGCGAGGGAAUGUCUGAUACUUGCUGGCAGGCCUUGCGUUUCAUAACUUGUUGCUGAAUCUUCAAUUUGAUUUAACGAGAAUCGUCUCUCGUGGACGGACAUCAUCGUUCACGUCUGGUUUUGUCGGCGUAGUCAAAAUGGGACGGCCGUGAAGUGUGGCAAGGUUUCAGCUUCCCAGCCGCGUACCGUACUUUGCACCGUCGCAUCCAAACCUCGAUAACGCCAUAGA